CUAAACUGACCAGCUGUAGAGAAGGCUACUCAAACCCCCAACCUGUCACUAGACGAGACGCAAUUUUCUUUAUAGAAUAAACUAUUUCUCUUUAAAAAUGGUCUCUGUCAUUAUGGGUGUGUACAGUAUUUACAUGUCAGCAUAUGGUGAAAUAAAUGGUUCUCUUAUUCAACUAAAACUGGUUUAUAUUCUUUUUAUUUAAUUAACAUUUUUAAAAACUCUGCAUUUCUUUCUGUGAUGUUAAUGAUUCAUGACCAGGAUUUGUUCUGCUGUAACAAAUUGUAUAAGUUUAGGAUUUCAGAAAAGCAUUUAAGACCUUUGAUCGCUCUGAAUGAGGCUGUGUAUGGCAGCACCUACCCUUUGGACUCAUAACAAGCCACGGAUUUGCUGUUUUUCACCUUCCUUCAAAUGACAAAUAAAGCCACCCCCUCUGGAUCAGUCACUCUCAUCAAAUUGUUGUACUUUGAUCCCCGUGCCUUACGGAAGUCAAGGAAAAUUUCUCGGCCAGCUCCAUAAGGAACAAAUGCUUUGUUCCAUGAGAAGUCUUGGUAGAAAAUAUAUUUGAAAUAAGUCAACGAUGAUAUUGAGGCACAGCUGACAGAAAGAAAGUGGGUUGUUGCCAGAAAGAUCUACGAUCGAGAAGGGAGAAGGUCAGAGCACUUUCUGAGUGAUUCCUGCUGAUCUGAAGUUUAAAAAGAAAAAGGUGUUUCAUAAUGUUAGGCAACACCAAUCGAUUCUCCUACUCUGCGAAGGGUUUCUCGCAGGAGGAUUUUCCUCAACAGAGGAGGGAUUUACAACAAGAUGACCCAAAAAAUUCGCCGUUCCAGAGAAACGGCUUGUUCAGACCCAGUGGAAGAGCCAUAUACAUGCAGAGAAAGGAGUACUCCGAGUUGCUCAACAAACAACCAGACAAUUUUCAAGUCAGGGUGGAGCAUCUGUUCACCUGUGAGCUGGAUGGCCAAGAGGUGCGGACAAUGGACGAUUGUGUGGCCAGGCUGAAGAUGCUGGAUAGCAAAGGUCAACUGUGGCCUCAACAAAUGAUCAUGGAGAUUCAGGGAGAAAAUCUUCUACUCAGUGACAUUGAAACCAAGGUGGAGCUGGAAUCGAUGCCUUUGAGUUGCAUCAUGCAAACCAGAGCUGUGCUGGACAGCUGCGCCUACAACUCUCUGCUAACAGUAACUGUUCAAGAGCGCAGCAAGCGUGUCCCUCAGGUUUACAUGUUCCAGUGUGAGGAAACAGGGGCAGAGAUCAUUAAGAAUGAUCUGGAUAAGUCAAUGCAGAGAGGAGGCGGCAGUGUGGACCAGCAUAGAGAGCAUUCUGACAUCAGGAGCAAUCUUGAGAACAUCAUUGGACAGCAAGCUUCAGGAAGCUUCUGGCAAGGCGGACCCCGUCCUGUACCGCAAGAAAGGAUCCCGCCACCACCAGACCACAUGGCCCCACAGUGGAACAGCAGAGAGCCAGAGUACAUGCCUCCCCCACAAGCUUUCACUCCACAAGAAGAGAGCGUGCAUUAUGGAGAUCCUCGUGAAAUGCAGAGCAGUCCAGAGAUGGUUUUUGAGGGAGAAGUCGCAGAGAGGAACACAGAGAUUUUAAACCACGUUAUAGAUGAUUUGGAGAUCUUUAUGGGGAAAGCGUUGGCCUCAAAAAAUGCACCCGUUCCACAAGAAGAAAAAAGCAAGAAGAAAAGUGGGAAUAAGAAGAAAAAGUCUAAGAAAAAUGAGCCAAAUGUCAUUCUGCCAUCGUGGGUUGAAUAUGUCGACUGUCUUCAGAAAAUCAAAUAUGGAUUCAAUCUUCUGGGCCAGCUGGAUGGAGUUCUCACCAACCCUAGUGCUCCUGACUUUGUUCACAUCUUCUUCAAUUAUUUGGGCACGAUAGUUCCUUUGUAUCCGGCAGACAUGCCUCCCACUGUGGUCUCUCCUCUGCUGACAGAGAGAGCUGUGCAGCUGCUCAGUCAGGUGGUGGACCCACAGGAGGAUGGCCUGUGGAGGUCUUUGGGAGAAUGUUGGAACAUUCCCAGGUCUAACUGGCCAGAAGAUGUCCCACCCUACAUCCCAGAGUUCUAUGAUGGCUGGCAGCCGCCUCCACCCGUUCAUAGACCUUCAUCACCCCCUCAUCACAACACUCCAAUGAGCAGAAGCAACAGCCAGCGUUUCCCUGCUGGCAGACCCGAUGAGGGCCCAAACUACUCACCCAGAGCAAUGCAGCAUCCUGAGGAGCCUAUGCCCAGUGGUCCAUGGAGUGCCCGCCCCAAUGAGCCACCACUGUACAUGAAUGUCAUUUACAAUUUUAUGGCCAGGAACAACCAAGAGCUGAGCAUAAUGAAGGGAGAGGUGGUUCGGGUGGUUAAAAAAACCAAGCAAUGGUGGCUCGUUCGCAACUCAAGUGAUGUGGAAGGCUUCGUCCCCCAGAAUGUUUUGGAGCCGAUGAGUGGUGGUGGACCAGAGGAUAGUGUACCAUGGGACAAUCGUAACCCAGUGACUUUGGACAUGCAAUCCACACCUGCAGAAGUGAAAGCCUGGCUUAGGUACAAAGGUUUCUCCAAAAUCACUGUUGCAAGCCUUGGGGUGCUGAGUGGAAGAGGGCUUCUGGAAAUGUCUAAAGAUGAGAUAAGGACUGUGUGCCCAGAGGAAGGAAGUAAAGUUUUCUUCCAGCUUCAGGCUAUCAAGUCAUCAGUUGCACUGGCCAGUGAACAGCCAGGGAUGUACAACGGACCGCCAGGGAUGUACAACGGACCACCAGGAAUGCACAACGGACCACCAGGAAUGUACAACGGACCACCAGGGAUGUACAACGGACCACCAGGAAUGCACAACGGACCACCAGGAAUGUACAACGGACGCUACUAAGAACCUCUGCUGCAGAACUUCAGAUUGGAUCUUUGGUGUUGGGAAAAAUCCUACUCCACUCAGAAAGUGAAGUCCAUCCAGUGUUGUGUUAUUCCAGCAAAAGGAUCUACUAUGUUGUAUAGUUUCAUAGCAAUAAUCAGCUACUCUGUACCAUUUCUUGAUUAAAUAGGGACACGUAUGUAGACUCAUGAACCGAUGAUUAGACACUCUCCUCUUCACUGCUGUGAGUUAUGCAUUCAUAUUUAAAGAAGUACUAUUUAGCACUUUAUGCUGCAU